UUUGUGUACACGUAUACGUUAGACCGGUGCCGGUAUCAAACUAUUCUACCCGGAGCGAAUAGCACCACAAAAUAAAACACAAUCAUUUGUAAGUUGUUGUCAGUGGGUGGUAGAUUUUUGAAGUAUAACAUGGUCAGCAAAAGUGCAAGUCGGCUUCUACAGUGCCUUACAGAACACAGUUCCUUGGUCCGAAAUUAUGGAACAGCAAAACGGGUUGUUGCUUCAAAGCCAGUUGUGGAAAUGGAUGGAGAUGAGAUGACUCGUAUUAUAUGGGAAAAAAUUAAGGAGAAACUUAUCUUUCCAUAUGUUAAGUUGGAUUGCUUGUACUACGACUUGGGUCUGCCGCACAGAGACGCUACCGACGACCAGGUGACCAUAGACGCAGCGCACGCCAUCCUCAAGCACAAUGUUGGCAUCAAGUGCGCCACCAUUACUCCCGACGAACAAAGAGUUGAAGAGUUCAAGUUAAAGAAGAUGUGGUUGAGCCCUAACGGGACGAUCCGUAACAUCCUGGGUGGUACGGUGUUCCGCGAGCCCAUCCUGUGCAAGAGCAUCCCACGUGUGGUGCCAGGCUGGACUAAAGCCAUCAUCAUCGGCAGGCACGCGCACGGCGACCAGUACAAGGCUCAGGACUUUGUCGUGCCACACCCUGGCAAGGUGGAGAUGGUGUACACGAAAGCAGACGGCACGACGGAGAGGCGUUUGUUAUUCGACUUCAAAUCGCCCGGAGUAGCACAGGGCAUGUACAACACAGACGAGUCUAUACAAGCUUUUGCGCAUUCUAGUUUUCAAGUAGCGUUACAAAAGAAGUGGCCGCUUUACCUCUCCACAAAGAACACUAUUCUUAAGCAUUACGAUGGUCGCUUCAAGGAUAUCUUCCAAGAAAUAUAUGAAAGCACGUACAAGAAGCAGUUCGAGGAGGCUAAGAUCUGGUACGAGCACCGGCUGAUCGACGACAUGGUGGCGCAGGCCAUCAAGAGCUCCGGCGGCUUCGUGUGGGCCUGCAAGAACUACGAUGGCGACGUGCAGUCAGAUAUUGUCGCACAGGGUUACGGUUCCCUGGGCAUGAUGACGUCAGUGCUGAUGUGUCCGGAUGGGCGCACGGUGGAGUCGGAGGCGGCGCACGGCACGGUGACGCGCCACUACCGCCAGCACCAGCAGGGCAAGCCCACCUCCACCAACCCCGUCGCCUCUAUCUACGCCUGGACCCGCGGCCUCAUGCACCGCGCCAAGCUCGACAACACGCCUGAACUGCACCACUUCGCUCUCGCUCUAGAGGAGGCUUGCGUUGAAUGUAUCGACAGUGGCAAAAUGACCAAGGACUUGGUUAUCUGCAUCCACGGUCUGGCGAACACCAAGGAGGGCAUGUACCUCCACACUGAGGACUUCCUGCAAGCCAUCGCGGACCAACUUGACCAUAAGUUAUCUAAGUAGACAAUAAUUUAAUGUCACUUAAAUUCAAUUUUUUAUCCGUGCACAAUUUAGUCACAAAUUUUAAUGAAUUAUAACUAUUAUAGAGAUAUAUAUUGUUAUAAGUAAAACAGUGAAAUGAAAAUCUAUAUUUAAAAGAUUUGUUCUAAGCUAUUAAUCCAAGGUUUUGUGGCAUUUUUAUAGUACUUAAGAUUGUCCUUAUCAUUUUUUAUAUUGAAGUAUAUGCAUUUUUUAAAUGUUUAAGUAAAACAAUUUUGUUAUAAAUUUAAACUUAAAUUUCAGAUUUAUACAAAUUAGUAAAUUGAUGGAUAACUCAAAUUUACAAAAUAUUGAAAUUGAUUGGUAAAGUCCUAUUGUUAUGUUUGUUGCUUCCACAACUAUUAUUUUCUUACGUAAAAACUAACAGUAAACUGUUUUAAAGAUCUUGCCUGUUCAAUUAAAAGUGGUUUUAUAACUUGAUGUUGGAUUGGUUGAUCCAUCCAUUCUCCUCAACUCUUCGUGUACAAGUGGGUGGCGUAAGAAAACGAUCAAAACUUAUUGAGUUAAUCUUAGUGGAAGUAUUUUCAUUGAACAAAACAUUUACAUACAAUAAUGUUUUAAAUGAGUUUGGUGCUUU